CUUUCUUCCACCAAAAUCUGACUUCCGUGAAAUUUUUGCUCUGUUAAUCUCUUUAAAUCCCUACAUCCUUAAUUCGACAAUUUCUGAUGCAGUACUAAAGCCAGGAAGGAAGCAGCAGCAGUUAGUUUUGUUGUUGUUGGUGGUGGUGGUGGUUUUGCUGAUCUGUUGUGUGUGAGGUGUUGAUAAGCAUAAGUUUGAACAUGAGUUCAGACAGCAGGAGCCGAAGCAGGACCAGGAGCAGAAGCCCACUGGAUCGUAAGAUCCGUUCUGAUCGCUUUUCCUACCGUAAUGCACCUUACCGGAGGGAUUCACGUCGGGGUUUCAGGUUUUCUGGUUUUUAGUAAUUCUGUUAUUUCUUCUCCCAGCUGGUCAAUUGGCUGAAAAUUAAUUUAGGAUUUAUACUUAGUGUCUUGUAUCUGGUAAUUGUCCUAUGAUGCUGUUAGGAUCUUAGU